GGAAGGUGACAGCGGGAAGGCCAGACGAACGGGGAAGGGAAGCAGCCAGCUCGUUUGCUUGAUGCUUCGGGGCGCAGGGCGAGGGGAGACACCUGCUUGUGCAGUCAGCCGGAGAUCCGCGUUCCUGCAUCCUGAGGACCUGAUCCUUCUAACCACCAUUGGUGGCGGGUACACACGUACAAUCACGCAAUGCAGCUGCCUGAGUUGGAGGACCCUGAUCGGGGCCAACCGUGUCAGGCGUGUGGGGAGCAGUGCCCAGGCUUCCUAGUGCAUGGAUGGAGGAAGAUCUGCCAGCACUGCAAGUGUCCCCGGGAAGAGCAUGCGGUACGCAUGGUCCCUGUCGACUUGGAAAGGAUGAUGUGCCGUCUGAUUUCUGACUUCCAGCGUCACUCCAUCUCAGAUGAUGAUUCUGGCUGUGCUUCGGAGGAAUAUGCUUGGGUUCCUCCAGGACUCAAGCCUGAACAGGUCUAUCAGUUCUUCAGCUGCCUCCCAGAAGACAAAGUUCCCUAUGUCAACAGCCCUGGAGAACGGUACCGCAUUCGUCAGCUGUUGCACCAGCUUCCACCUCAUGACAGUGAGGCUCAGUACUGCAGCUCCCUGGAGGAGGAGGAGGCAAAAGAGCUGAAAUUAUUCUCACAGCAGCGUAAGCGAGAGAACCUUGGCCGAGGAACGGUCCGACUCUUUCCUGUCACCAUAACCGGAGCCAUCUGUGAACAGUGUGGAAAACAGAUUUGCGGAGGGGACAUUGCUGUUUUUGCCAGUCGAGCUGGGCAUGGUGCCUGCUGGCACCCUCAGUGCUUUGUUUGUACCACGUGUCGGGAGCUCCUCGUUGACCUGAUUUACUUCUACCAGGAGGGCAAAAUCUACUGUGGGCGCCACCAUGCCGAGCGCCUCAAGCCACGCUGCGAAGCUUGUGAUGAGAUCAUCUUUGCAGAUGAGUGCACAGAAGCUGAAGCCCGUCACUGGCACAUGCGCCAUUUCUGCUGCUUUGAGUGUGAGGAAGCCCUGGGUGGGCAACGAUACAUCAUGCGCCAACGUCGCCCCUAUUGCUGCCAUUGUUAUGAGAGCCUGUAUGCAGAAUACUGCGAUGCAUGCGGGGAGCACAUUGGUAUUGACCAGGGUCAGAUGACCUACGAGGGCCAGCACUGGCACGCCACCAAUGCCUGUUUCAGCUGCUCCCGUUGCCAGCAACCCCUCCUGGGGAAGCCUUUCCUGCCCAAGCAGGGUCAGAUCUUCUGUUCCCGGGCCUGCAGCCUCGGUGAAGAUCCCAACGGCUCGGAUUCCUGUGACUCUGCCUUGCAGAGCACCCGUCCUCAGGAUGCUCGGAGGACCAGCUGGCAGCAACGCCGAGUUCAGUCUCAGGGCACAUCACCCUCUUCCAUCACCCGCUCCAUUUCCUUUGCGGGGAAGACGGUACCAUCGGACUCUACCCCAAGGACCCGAAGGAGCUGGAGUGGGGCGCCUGGGGAUGAGGAAGAGGAGGUGCCGACGGAAAUGGAAGAGCUAUCUGAUCCAGACAGCAAUGGUUCCGGCUACAGCCAGAGUUGUGAGGAGCCAGUGGAACGGGCUUCCCGGGGAACGUCAACUUGCCUGCCCCCAGCCACUGACCAGGAACCAGGGACAGGGACCGAGCUCCAACCACGUUUCCAGCGCACCUCCCCUUUGCGCCACUCUAUGCCGGAGCUGGGGAUGUCCUCUUCCAAAACCUCUGACUGGAGCAGCAGUUCCACUUCCAAAAUUCAAGCCUCUGCCCGGCCACGACUCAGCGAGGGCAGAGAGCCCGGGACUUUUGCCCGGGGAGGAAUACCCCGGGUUAGCUUCCGGGAACCCUUAAUCUCGGGAGAGCCCAGCACCCCUUCCCCUGAGCAAGCCUCCUUGGAGACCUCUGUGCUGCAGAAGGGGGGAGCCAUCCGGGGACACCCUCGCUCCACUUCAGAUAACUCUCUCAACCUGGGGAGCCAGGACUGGAGGCCAAGGAAGGGGAGGGGGGAAAGGAAGGGAGCCAACCUGUCCUAUUCAGCUUCGGAGAGUGCUUUUCCUGCCUGGCACCGGCGCUACCCUCCCAGGGGAUGGGACUUCAGCUCCUCCGAGUCCUCCGAUUCAUCUUCGGAGGAAGAAGGCUACUUUCUAGGGGAGCCCAUACCCCUGCCACCCCAUUUGCGUGUUGGAGCCAGUUCCCCAGAGGUCACGCCACCCAGUGAAUCAGCUUGCAAAAGGCAGCGCCGAAGACUGCGUGUGGUCCGGGACAAGAACUGUGUGGUGGCCUGAGCUGUCCUGACAUUUGCUAUUGCAGUCCAGCUGUAAUCGGGCUUUGAGUCUUGUCUGAAUGGUGAAAUGUUAAUCAUUCUCUCUGAGAGCCUCUGCAGCCAGUGGCCAUUGUUUCUUCCUCCUUGACCCGUGCCUCUUUCGCCAGGGAUUCUCCUCAGAAAGUAACCUCUUCAUCAUGACCGCUGUUUCUGUUGAAACCUUUCCUCAGGGAGAUUUGAGCGGUUGGUUUUUUUCCCCCUCACGCUGACCUCUGAUCUCUAGACGUGACCCUUGUGUGAAGAAAUCUGGAAGUGUCUCUGUGGUGUUCUUUGAACUGUGGUAGUUUAUUUUCCGUGGUGGCCUUUUGACCUCUCAACUGUGACCUCCUGAACCAAGCUUUAACUUUGUCAUCUUGAAAGUUCAAGUUCUGUAAACCUCUGCACUGUACCCCCGUGAGCGAGCUUCGAGCAACAGCAAUUUACCUGGGAACCCUUGCACUUCUGUUUUGACCUUUUUACUGUGACCUUUGAAUAUUUGCACCAUUCCUGGGUGAUCCUUUUGGCCCUUGAUCCGAGUUGCUAUUACUAAUACAAGUCUCUAGCAAGAUAGCAGUUUCAAACUUUGGGAUUUUCUUCUUUUGGUAGCAAGGUGUUUGGUGGUGAUAUGCGUGUGAUUGUGUGUGUACACUGAGUGAGGCUGAACUGUUCCCUUGCUUUCCAUGCUAGAAGUGGAACAUGGGCAGAAGAUGUCUUCUAGGGGGUAAACCCCUCAAUGUUAUCUUCCUAAUCAAACUGGACCUGUGAUUUCCCCCCCCCCCCAAUCUAGUCUCUCUGCACUGUGUGCAUUUCUAAAGUUUGCAGUUUUUUAAAAAAUGAUUUUUUUUCUAAUUAAGAGUUUUAAUUUAAAUGAAAUUGAAAUAAACUUCAUGAAAAAAACA